UCAGUUAUUUGAGUGGUAGUUUCGAGUCCCACGUCGACAAAUUGAUUAUAGGAUCGCAUGCUGGCCGACUAAAUUGCACCAGUGGGUCUAAAAUUAUCAAGCUAUGAGUAUGAACUAUGAAACACGGGUCACAGAUGGGGGAGUAUUGAUAUGAUUUACUCAAUUAUUAAAUUAGUAAAAGAUGCGUUUCUUGGCGGCCUGGGCUGACCUACAAGGUUCAGCUCCCAGGGUACCAUAAAUAUAAAUAUAAACCAUGACAGAGCCAGAGACUCGCCAAAACUUUCACUCAACAGCAGAAAUGGCGCAAAUGGGAAACCCUGCGCAAGACUGGUAUGCAGUGGUUACGGGCGCGAACAAAGGCAUAGGACUGGAGACGGUGAGGCAACUGGCGGCCGCAGGGGUGGCGGCGGUGGUGCUGACGGCCAGAGAUGAGAGGAGGGGGAGGGCGGCGGCGGCGGCGCUGGUGGGUUCGGGCUUCUCCAAUGUACUUUUCCACCAGCUUGACGUUCUUGAUCCCCUCAGCAUUGCAUCUUUGGUCAAGUUCAUCCAAACCCGAUUUGGGCGGCUGGACAUCUUGGUAAAUAAUGCUGGUGCUUGUGGAUCUGUAGUUGAUGAGGAGGGCUUAAGGGCCUUGAAUAUAGAUCCUGAAACUUGGCUCUCAGGCAAGGCAACGAAUCUGAUUCAAGGAGUGAUUAAAACUACAUAUGAGACGGCAGAAGAAUGCAUGAACACUAAUUACUAUGGCUGCAAGGGAGUUACUGAGGCUCUUCUUUCCCUACUACAGCUUUCCCCUUUGGGAGGAAGGAUCGUAAAUUUAACCUCACUGAGCGGCGAGCUUUGGAGAAUUCCCAAUAAACAAGCCAGAAACGAACUAGGGGACGUAGAGAAUCUAACUGAAGAGAAAGUGGAAGCAGUAAUACAAAGAUUCCUGCAUGAUCUGAAAGACAAUGCACUGGAAGCCAAUGGAUGGACGAUGAUGUUGCCUGCAUAUAGCAUCUCAAAGGCCGCACUCAAUGCCUACACUAGAGUCCUUGCCAAGAAGUACCCGGCGAUGUGCAUAAACUGUGUCCAUCCUGGCUAUGUCAACACUGAUCUGAAUUGGCACACAGGAACCAUGACCACAGAAGAGGGAGCCCGAGGCCCGGUCAUGCUGGCUCUUCUGCCCCAUGGAGGUCCUACAGGCUGCUAUUUUGAUUGUACUGAGGUCGCGCCCUUUUGAUUCGCCAUCCUCAGGAUGUAGCCAGUUGAGAUCCAAUUCCCGUCCUUUGUCACUGUCAAACUAUGCUCAUGCAGUUGAUAAGAACUUUUUAUUUUUCUUCUCUUUUUGGUUGGACUAUGAUUCCAUAUUUAAUAUUCCACGGAUUCAUGAGUUCAUCUAUCAUUCCACUUCGUCAUAAGAUCAAGAUGAAUUGUGUUGCAAAAAAGGGAAAAUAAAAACGAAAAGAAUUCCUCUACUAGAAAA